CGCCCCCGCCCCUGCUCUCGCGAGAUGGGCGGCGCGCGGGGCGACAUCCGGGAGCGGCGCGGCAAGAUGGCGGUGGAGUCGCGGGUGACGCAGGAGGAGAUCAAGAAGGAGCCGGAGAAGCCGAUCGACCGCGAGAAGACAUGCCCGCUGCUGCUGCGCGUCUUCACCACCAACAAUGGGCGGCACCACCGCAUGGACGAGUUCUCCCGCGGCAACGUGCCCUCCAGCGAGCUGCAGAUCUACACCUGGAUGGAUGCAACUCUGAAAGAGCUGACCAGCUUGGUGAAAGAAGUUUACCCAGAAGCACGGAAGAAGGGCACACAUUUCAACUUUGCAAUUGUUUUUACAGAUCUCAAGAGGCCUGGCUAUAGGGUGAAGGAGAUCGGCAGCACCAUGUCGGGCAGGAAGGGCACAGAUGAUUCCAUGACAUUGCAGUCUCAGAAAUUCCAGAUAGGAGACUACUUGGAUAUAGCAAUUACUCCUCCGAAUCGUGCACCACCCCCAUCAAGCCGCAUGAGACCUUACUAAAGUCUUGCUUCUCUUUGUAUGAUUAUAUAUUCUGUUUACUCCUACUUGCUGUUCUAAAGCAGGCUUAUUUUUUGCUUUUGUUGCUAAGCACCUGAAGACAUAGCUGAGCUUUGUAGAAGAAAUUUAACUUUUAAACAUUAACUUUUAGUUUGUUUAGAAGAAACCCCUUCAGCAGUGCCAUCAUCCUAUCCCUGAUUGUUAUAGUUUGAGUAGUAAAUUAGUGUGUCUAGUGUUCUAAAGACUUCCAUGAAAUAUGACCAGGAGGAUUACAGGUGUUCUGAAGUUCUGUCUUGUUUGGAAUAAAAAUUGAUGUUAAUCCUUUGA